CGGCAGGAGCGCCUCCGCCCGCCUGAAGCCGGCGGCAGCGGGCGGCCGGCGGCGGCUCCGCUCAACUUCGGCGAAGGGGCGGUGUGGAGGCGGCGCUGCCCUGGGGCCCCGUGCGGCCGCUUCGCUUCAGCCUUGGCGGCGGGACGGGAGCGGGUGGCCGCGAAGCAGCAGGAGCACGCUGCUGCCAAAGACACACAGAGCACUAUGUCACUGGCAUCCUGGUUCAGAUGGAAUGAGCCCCCAAACCGUAUUUCUCAGAGGAACCCCACAGAAAUGGUGAUUGAGACGCUGAUGAUGGAGCUGAACUGGCAGAUCAAGCAGGCAGAGAAGCAGCAGCGAGAGCGGGAGAAUGAGUAUCGCAAGAUCAAGACUGGGGUGGACUACGGCUGGCUGGUCAGCUAUCCAAAGCAGAGCUAUGAUAUCAGCCCAGGAGAACGGCUCCAGCUGGAGGAUAUGUGUACCAAAAUACAUCCUUCCUACUGUGGGCCUGUCAUACUCAGAUUCCGGCAGCUCAUUGCUGAAUAUGAACCAGAAGUGCAGGAAGUAUCCCGGCUUUUCCGCUCUGUCCUGCAGGAAGCUGCCGAGAAGAUCAAAGAGGAGGAAGAGGCCAAGAAGCUUGCCAGGCAAUGGAACACAAAGAACAAAACCAGCCUCUCCUUAACAACAUUUAAAUCCCGGUCCAGGAUUUCCCCAUUCAUCAGUGACAUCAAGACCAUCUCUGAAGAUGUGGAACGGGGCACCCAGCCCACCAGGAGGGUUUGGAGCAUGCCAGAAUUUCGGAAUGCCAAGGAUUACUGACUCUAUACUGAAGAAGGUUUUUAGUGAUCUUUAAAAAUCCCAGUUAACCCUUUUUUAGCUCUACUGUUUCUUUGUUCCAGCUCUGUCUUCCUGCCCGUCUCUCUUUUGAAAGCUGUGUCCAUAGUAACUGCUGCUGAUGCCCGCGGUGUGUGACACAAUUUAUUACCAAACACGCUAGCCUUUCCUUUAAUUUAGUAGCUAUUCAGUAACCUUAAGGGCAAGGCUCACUAUCUCAUUUUUAUUACUGCUUUCUUGUGGAAAAUUAAUUAGUUUUGUGAUGUCUGUCUUCUCCUUCCCCCUCCAGCCUCGAUGUAGUUAUCUAUAAAAGCUUUUAGCCCGAGCGAGCGAGAGCUGCUGGCUGGGUCAAUCUUGCUGAAAGCAAGAUGGCCACUUACAUGAAUAAGGCUUGCAGGAUCAGGCCUGUGAGUUAAAGCUAGUAUCUGAUUUGGAACUGAACUUCCUUUUCCAGCUAAUAACCUUCAUCAGCAUUACAAGAAACUUCACAAGUAACCUCAGUACUGCUCUUGAUCAGCUUUUUGCUGACAAUUAGCAACCCAACCCAAAAAGAAACAGACCCGAGCUUUUUGAGAUGAAAGGCCAAUAUGAUUCUACAGCAACUAGUUUAUGCAUACUCAAGUUUCUUGGGUAUCUUCUCUUUUGUGCAGGCAGAACCCCCAAACCUUGCACCUGUAGAGUAGACAGAAACAUAACAACCUGCUGUGGAGAUACAGGCGGAUUCAUCAAUGCUGUUCUUGGUCCUCAGCGUUCUGUGCUGCUGAGCUAACUGCUCCACCCCACAGCCCAGUAAUAAGUCAGUGGGCUGAAAUUAAUGUUUAUGGCUAAGCCUGAAAGAGUACUGUAGCAUCAAUAUAUGGAGAUGGUAGAGGGGUGAAGGGAAUCUGCAUUAAUCUACAGGGCUCUUUGUACAGCUGUGAUAGUUAGGAUCAUUUUAACAAGCUACUGCUGUGAGUGACUGAACGGCUCUGGCAGUGGAAGGUUUGCACCCUCAGUCUUCUCUCAUGAGUGCUCACAAGAGAGCUUUCCAGUAUCACAGGCUGCUGGCCAGUAGUUGAUACUACUAUGAAAGAAUCUUUAAUGCAAACUGAACAGCUUGUAGGCCAGCAUGGUUCUGCUGAGACCUGGAAGAAACAGGAAAAGACGGCUGAGGAAAAGGUACUGGGGUCGUAACUUGGCAUCUGUAAGGACAGCUCUCACCAGCAAAGGAAAGAGAAUGGCAUGCUGUGAAAAUCAUGGAUCCUGUAGAGAAGCCGAGGGCUAGGAUGCUUUAUGGUGACAAACAGGAGAUGGGGAAGGAAGAGAGGGAUUUCCCUAUAUAACCAGCUUUUGGGGAAUCAUCCUAGUUGGGUAUAGCCCUCUGGAGCACCCUGCAGCUUUACUGUUCUUUUGCCAGUUUCCAACUCUUCCCUGGGGACCUUUGCAGCAGCAUGUGGGUACUGCAGCCAAGAUAAAACCCUUUGAAGCUGUGCCAACUCUGGGAAGAAUUCCAGCACAUGAAAUCUAUCCUAGAGUAGAAAUGUGCAGUUUCUUCCAGAGAUGGGGGAGGGCAGCAUAAAACAAAGAUCAAGAUCAAACCCUUAAGAGCUCUUUAAGAUUCUGGGACUCUGGCUCUUCCUCUCUCCCCUCUGGGCUAUCUAAGAUUGAACACAAGGCUUUCUUACUAGCACCAGGCUGUAGUUUCUAGCCCUUUGGUAAACUGCUGCCAGCAGCCCUCCUAGGGACAGAAAGCAGAAGCUCCUUUCUAAGCAAAAACUCAGGGCUUCCAACUACAGCAUCCAGUUUGGGACAGGCUGUUUAAACUCUAGGUCAAUAAGGGAAAGUUUAAAGCCUUCUGACAAUCAGCUUGGUGUUUUUCAGAUAUGUAUCCUUGUGAGGUAACGUGAUUGUGUAUAUGAAGUAAAAACAAAGGCUUGAAAUACUUAGCAUAGCUUUAGCUGUCUAGAAGAUGUGGGAUCUCUAGCAAGGGAUCACCAUAAUUUGCAGAAAAAUUUUUAUUUGGAAAAAGGUUAACCAUCUCUUCUUUUAUAUAUUUGCAAGCCACUGUAUGGUACUGAAGGCUGAGAUGAGUUAAUGAAUUUCAUGCUACAGCUCUGUACUCUUUUUAUUUGCACUCAUGUUCUAUUUUGACACCUUCAGUAUUGACUGUAUUGAUGCAAUAUUUGAUGGACUGUUGGGAGAGAGAUGGCACAUUCUGACACACUGACAUAAAGCUCUUAGUUAGUUCUGAUUCUCCUUAAGAAAGAGUGAGCACAUUACAGCCACUGUACUGUAACAAACUUCCCUACACCAAUGUACAAAGCCAAGGAAAUCACCUCAAGGGUGUUCACACUAUCACAGCAGCCUGUGAUUGUACUAUGUCCUUCAUUAACAACUUCCAGUUAGCAGAUACCAUUCUCAUUUGACAGCCAGGAAAGGGAGACAAAUCUUUGGUCAAAGCCAUGUAUGUUAUAGAAGCCAGGCUGUGGCAGUGCCUGCAACAGCUGUUGUGCCUCAACUUACCUAUAACUUCUAUUUCCAUAAUAAAAUGUAAUCCAAACUUUUAA